AGUUUCAAAACCUAGGCAAAAAUACGCGUAGAAAAACCAAAGCAAGUGCCCUUUGCCUUUCCGCUACCAAUAGCCAAUCAGGUGGCUCCACGUAAUCAUGAUGAACCAAGCAGUCAGCUGGUAACCGUUUGAUCUUGUCCAACGUAUGGGUCUCCGAAGCAUACGAACAACAUUCUGAAACCUGGAAAUAGCUGUAUUAGGUUGUCUUCUUCAGAGAAAUUUCGAAAAGAAAAUUUGGUUGAGUCUUGAUCUUUGUUGGAUCUAAUGCGGAGCCCAAGUUGAUAUUUUUGCAAUCUCAUGAGAUUUGUGUGAUUCAAUUGUAAUAUUUAUCCUUGUAGCAAACAGUCAGAAGUUAAGAAGAUUUGUAUGUGUUGAUGGAUAACAACAAUUACCAUUCCCCGCCUCCAUAUCAAUAUGACACCUAUAACUACCCUCAUGUUCCACCCCCUCCAAAUCAACAAAACCCAGGUCCUAGUUCCGGUCCAUACCCCGGUCAUCCUACUCCGGGCUCUGUCCCAUAUCCUUAUCCACAGUAUUCUCAUUAUCCGCCCCCACCCUUUUUCAACACUUCAGGUUCCGGCCCUUUAAAUUAUCCGUAUCCAGGUCCACCGCCACCAUCUGCGCCUCCUGUGUCUGGACCUUUAGAUUAUAGUUACCCCCCAUCCUCACAUUCUACCCCCAUCACUCACCAGUUUCAUGGAUAUCCACCUCCUCCACCAACGUCAACCCCACCUCAGUCAACCCUUCAAUCAUAUGGUAGUUUCCAUUAUGGUUCUUCCCAUUAUCUCCAACAUCAAAACUCCGGGCCAUUGCAGCCUCCAGAUAAUCGACCCAAUGUACCACCUAGAGUUAGUGGUGAGUACUCUAGUCACUACCACUACCAAGAUAGUUCAUCUUCUGUGAGUGAUCCUAUGGGAAAUUAUGAUCACGUCAAUGACGGUUCUAUGACUCGCCCUUCAAUUUAUCCGUCUAUCGAUGAUCUCAUGGAAAAUGUUCAUUUGUCUGAUAGUCACGUUAAGCCUUCGGCCCCUGCCUCGCCUCCCGCCCCAUCAGCCUCGUUGCCUAGUUCCCCUCCUAAAUAUCACUCUGGACCCCUGCCAAUGACUAAUAAGUAUAAUGGUAUGGGGGCUAUAUAUGGACAUCCUGAUUCCUUUUCUCGAUGGGAGACAUCUUCUUCAGGUCAGAUGGAGCAACCUUCUGUUCCUGCCUCAUCGCAUUCAACCACUCAUGUCGAGACAUCACAUGCUCAAAAUAUGCAGCUUAUGGCAACUCCAUCUCCUAAAGUAUCUUUGAAAGUUUUGCUCUUGCAUGGAAAUUUGGAUAUUUGGGUAUAUGAAGCGAGAAAUCUUCCUAACAUGGAUAUGUUCCAUAAAACUAUAGGAGAUAUAUUCAACAACAGUAAGAUUACAAGUGAUCCCUAUGUCUCCAUCACAGUAACAGGUGCUACAAUUGGAAGGACUUAUGUGAUAAGCAAUGAUGAGAAUCCUGUUUGGACGCAACAUUUUAAUCUUCCAGUUGCUCAUUAUGCUGCCGAAGUUCACUUUGUAGUGAAAGAUAAUGAUGUUGUGGGAUCACAACUCAUAGGGACAGUGACGGUUCCGGUGGAGCAUUUAUAUAGUGGAGCAAAAAUUGAGGGGUUCUUCCCAAUCCUCAAUGCAAGUGGAAAGCCCUGCAAGGCUGGAGCUGCUUUGUAUAUCUCUAUUCAGUACACCCCAAUAGAGCAUUUAAGCAACUACCAUCAUGGAAUUGGAGCUGGUCCUGAUUAUCUUGGAGUUCCUGGGACAUACUUUCCACUUAGGAGAGGUGGAAUGGUCACUCUUUAUCAAGAUGCUCACGUUCCUGAUGGAUGUCUCCCAGUUCUAAAACUUGAAAAUGGGAUGCAAUAUGUGCAUGGAAAAUGCUGGCGUGACAUCUUUGAUGCUAUACGUCAAGCCCGCCGUUUGAUUUAUAUUACUGGGUGGUCAGUGUGGCACAAAGUUAGACUGAUUAGGGAUGAUAAUUCCAUGUCAAGUAUCACUCUGGGGGAGCUUCUGAGAUCAAAGUCACAGGAAGGAGUGAGAGUUCUGCUGCUUGUAUGGGAUGACCCUACGUCAGGAAGCAUACUGGGCUACAAAACUGAUGGAGUCAUGCAAACUCAUGAUGAAGAAACUCGCCGUUUCUUUAAACACUCUUCGGUGCAAGUGCUGCUUUGUCCUCGUGUGGCAGGGAAGCGUCACAGUUGGAUGAAGCAGAGGGAAGUUGGAGUAAUUUAUACCCAUCAUCAGAAGACUGUGAUAGUGGAUGCUGAUGCUGGAAAUAAUCGAAGAAGAAUCACUGCAUUUCUUGGAGGACUGGACUUGUGUAACGGGCGAUAUGAUACUCCUCAGCAUAAUAUAUUUAGGACUCUGCAAACUUGGCAUGCUGAUGACUAUCAUAACCCCACUUUUGCAGGUAGUGUUACAGGUUGCCCAAGAGAAGCAUGGCAUGACUUGCACUGUAAAAUUGAUGGUCCAGCAGCAUAUGACGUUCUGACUAAUUUCGAGGAACGUUGGUUAAAAGCUGCAAAACCUCAGGGAAUAAAAAAAUUGAAGAUGUCAUAUGAUGAUGCUUUGCUCCGACUGGAAAGGAUACCCGAUGUACUGGGGCUAACUGAUGCUCCUUUUGUUAGUGAUGAUGAUCCUCAAAGUUGGCAUGUUCAGGUUUUUCGUUCGAUUGAUUCAAACUCCGUCAGAGGCUUCCCAAAGGAUCCUAAAGAAGCUACAAUGAGGAACCUAGUAUGUGGGAAGAACGUACUUAUAGAUAUGAGCAUACACACAGCGUAUGUAGAGGCCAUUCGUGCUGCUCAACAUUUUAUUUAUAUUGAAAAUCAAUACUUCAUCGGAUCCUCGUACAACUGGAGUACAAAUAAGGAUGUCGGUGCAAAUAAUUUGAUUCCGAUAGAAAUUGCCCUCAAGAUUGCCAGCAAAAUAAGGGUGCAUGAGAGGUUUGCAGCAUAUAUUGUCAUUCCAAUGUGGCCAGAGGGUAAUCCGACAGGUGCUGCUACUCAAAGGAUUUUGUUUUGGCAGCAUAAAACAAUGCAAAUGAUGUAUGAGACUAUCUACCAGGCUCUAGUGGAGGUUGGACUAGAGAAUUCUUACUCACCACAAGAUUACUUGAACUUCUACUGUCUUGGCAAUCGUGAGGCUCUUGACACAGGUUAUCCCUCCGAGCGUCAAAGUGCAGCUAACACUCCUCAAGGACUCAGUCAGAAAAAUCGAAGAUUCAUGAUUUAUGUUCAUUCGAAAGGGAUGAUUGUGGAUGAUGAGUAUGUUAUUUUGGGGUCUGCAAAUAUCAAUCAACGUUCCAUGGAGGGUACUAGAGACACAGAGAUAGCUAUGGGAGCUUAUCAACCCUAUCACACAUGGGCAAGAAAACAAUCGAGCCCACAUGGACAGAUUUAUGGUUAUAGAAUGUCCCUGUGGGCCGAGCAUCUUGGAGUUUUGGACGACUGCUUUACUCGACCAGAUUCUGUAGAGUGUGUUCGGCGAGUUAGACAAAUGGGCGAGGCGAACUGGAAGCAAUAUGCAUCUGAUGAAAUAUCAGAAAUGAGAGGACACCUUCUGAAGUACCCAGUUGAGGUUGAUAGGUACGGCAAAGUGAGUUCCCUCCCAGGUUGUGAAACUUUUCCUGAUGUUGGAGGUAAUAUAAUUGGAUCCUUCCUUGCUGUUCAAGAAAAUCUGACCAUUUAAAUCCUCCAUUUCUCAUUAUUUGAGAAUGGAACAUCAACAGCGAAUGAACUCUUUAGCAUUUGUAAUUUUCCGCAGUUGUGAAUAGGAAAUUGUGAUGAUGUUCAUAGCAGUUGUAAAGCAUAGUUUUCAACUUAUCUAUACAUACGUUGUAUCUUAUAGACUAUUUUCAUGUUAUAUUGACACCUGUUAAUUUAAAUAAUCAAGAUGUUGAAAUUUGUUAA